CAUUCCUCAGGCACAGGUGGUUCAACCGGAACCGGGAACCUGCUUCUCUAGCAGGAAAGUCGCCCAAGGACUACUCUGUUAACGGUGAGGUUUGGGGCAAAGACCGCUUCGUCCCGACCUGGGAUCACUCCGGAUUUAAUGGCGCGUGGAUCAUGAGGAUGGCACAGAUUUCUGUUACCGUCUCCACACCAUGACUGGACGUGACUGAGGACCACCAUGGAUAUCCAGAAGAGGUUUUCUGCCUGUUGGCAGAGUUUUUUGGCGUGUUUUAGGAAAUCCGAGCCGUCCACAGAUGAGAGCAAUCGCGUGGAGAAACCCGUCACGGUGAUAGAAAACCCCAGAGCAAAACUCAGCUCAGAACCGGACACGAGCUCUGCUACAGGGAGACCUCUACCCCGGCCUCCACUGAGAGCCGAACCGGACAUCUACAUCGCUCUGUACGACUACUCCGCCCGAACCGAGCAGGACCUGAGCUUCAACACCGGGGACACGUUAGAGGCGCUGGACAAGAGUGCCGGAGACUGGUGGCUGGCCAAAGCCCUGACCGGGAUCUCAGCCUCCAAACGCGGAUACAUCCCCGCUAAUUACGUCGCACCUGUCGAGAGCAUCGAUGCAGAACCAUGGUAUUUUCCAGACACCAAGAGACUGGAUGCAGAGAAGAUGCUGCUGGCUGAAGGAAACCAGCAAGGAGCUUUCCUCAUCAGGAACUGUGAAAGUCAAAGUGGAGAGCUCUCCUUGUCUGUCCUGGACAAUGGGAAGGUGAAACACUACAAGCUGAAAGUACUGGACAACAGUCACUACUACGUGUCAAAGACCAGAACCUUCCCAACGCUGAAGGAGCUGGUGCAGUACUACUCCCGACAGGCCGAUGGCCUCUGUGUGCGUCUGGGCGAGCCCUGCAGAAAGAUGGAGGCGCCGCAGACCUACGGGCUGUCCUACAACACCGUGGACCAAUGGGAGAUUGAUCGCAAGUCCAUCAAGCUGCUGAAGAAGCUGGGAGCUGGGCAGUUUGGAGAGGUCUUUCAGGGCUUGUGGAAUGACACCACAGCGGUUGCAGUGAAGACCCUCAAACCUGGUUCCAUGGACGCUGAGGACUUCCUGAGAGAGGCUCAGAUCAUGAAGAGGCUGCGGCACCCCAAGCUGAUCCAGCUGUACGCCGUCUGCACCAUGGAGGAACCCAUCUACAUCAUCACAGAGCUGAUGAAGAACGGCAGCCUGCAGGAGUAUCUGCAGAAGGAUAAAGGUGCCACGCUGAAGACAUCGGACCAGAUUGAGAUGGCAGCCCAGGUGGCGUCCGGCAUGGCUUUCCUGGAGUUACAGAACUACAUCCACAGAGACCUGGCAGCCAGGAACGUCCUUGUAGGCGAGAACAACAUCUGCAAGGUGGCCGACUUCGGCCUCGCCAGGGUCUUCAUGAAAGAAAAUGAUAACGUGUACGAGGCCAAAGAGGGGGCAAAGUUCCCUGUGAAGUGGACUGCUCCAGAAGCCAUCCACGACAACAAGUUCACCAUCAAAUCUGACGUCUGGUCCUUUGGAAUUCUGCUCUACGAGAUCAUGACCUUCGGCCAGAUGCCCUACCCCACCAUGACCAACUUCCAGGUGAUCCAGAGGCUUCCACAGGGCUACAGGAUGACGUGCCCCUCCAACUGCCCCAAAGUCUUGUAUGACAUCAUGAUGGACUGCUGGAAGGAAAACGAGCAGGACCGGCCCACGUUUGAGACCCUGCAGUGGAAGCUAGAGGACUUCUUUGAUCUGGAUGUGUCUUCCUAUGAUGAUGCCGCCCGGUAUUAGAGCACGGACCGGGUCUGAGACCCGAAUUUACAGACCAGAUCAUCAGAAUCAGCAGCGGAUGCACAUGUAAUUCAGAAUCCCACUUGAUGAAGGAAAUGAAAUGCUGACGUGUGGCGAGAUUUGACUGAUUUCCACGCUCUUGGUGUUGAAUGCACUUUCAGACACUUUGUAAAUCCUGAAGCUCACCUGAAUGAGAGUCUUGGAAAUGGAGCGACCGGUUGGACUUGCUCCGAGCAUGGCUCGCAUUCUUUCCACCCUCCCGUCACACUGCUACCUGAGAGGGUUAGAGUGACUCAGCAGCCUCAGCUACUGGUCACAGGCCAUCGAUUUGUGCACACGAAUGAGCAAGCGUUCAUCAAUUCUGCAACAUUUACAUUUAAUUAAACCUGAAAUCAUCAGUUUUAAGGUAUUUUAUGAAAAUUAAACAUCAGAAUCUGUGACCUUGACUCAAAGUUAAACAACUGUGAAGUUUUGAUUUUUGGCCCAAUAGAAAAAUAAAUGAUUAAAUUUCAUUGAAUGUCUGAUAAAUAGCCUUUUACCUGUUCUGGAAAAUAUCUUUGCUUUGUUUUCAAGCUGCUAAACGGGCCCCUUUGCCAUCUCCAUCUUAAUAGUCAGAAGCCUUCGUUAAUCCAGCCUGGCUCACCACCCACUCCUGAUCCCAUAUUCUCGCUGCCAGGAACCGAUUUCUUGUCUUAGUUGUUUAUUAGAGCCAUGAAAGUGUUUCUGUACAAUCUUCUUGUAUUUUAACUUCUUCUUCUUUUCCACUUUAUGUCUGAUAAUAUUAAACGAAGUGUAUUUAA